AUGGGCAGAAAGCAGCGCCUCGUUCGAAAGAGAGCAGCAAGACAAGAGAAGAUGGAUGGAGCCUCAUCUUUGCCUGGCGAGCAGCCCAAAAAGGGCUAUGCGGAAGUUCUCAAGACCGAAUUUCCAUCCCUCUCCAACAACGCCCAGAUGAACACCACCGGCCAAACAAACAUGUGGUCAUCAACAGCUUCGCGGAACCUGGGUGCUGGUCCGGUGCCGCGCAACCAGCAGUCGACGCCACUUUCGGCACAGAGUGGACAGGAUGAGCUCUUUACGCCAACCUCGGCUCGUCAAGGCGCCUUCCGUUUCGGUGGCCAGAGCAGCGCAGGUCCGGCGCCUCAAGCGCAGUCUAAUCCGGUGGAUGAUUUUCCGCCCUUGAACAGAAACUCGAACGGUGAGAUCGGUGGUGAGCGAAGUGGCAAUCUCAUGCCCUCUUUGGGUUUCGGCGGCAACCAGGCGAGUGGCUCAUCCGCCUCGAUACCUCCUACCCGAAGCGCAGGUGCCGGCAAUGGUCUACUCAAUGCGCUUUCUGCGAACAGCAGAACCUCAGAUGGCCGCUCAUCGUCUAUCGCCAGCGUACAAGAUCAAUCGAGAAUACAAGAAACGUCUGUCGAGAGAGGCAGCUCUUUCUCUGAGGAGACCGGUGGUGACAGCGCAUCCCAGUCUGCAGAGGCCAGAAACCCCGCUGGAGCCAUUGGUAACGACGUAGUCGCUGGCAAGGCCAAGGAGGAGAAGGAUGGCCAAGCACCCGAGGUGCAGGACCCUCUGGCAGGAAUGGCGCCCAUCGACAAGUUCGGUAUGAAGGGUCUGCGUGUUCUCAUGAACAACUACCCAAGCUACGGCGCGCUGAUGCAGGGAAUGGACCCCAACGAGUUCGGUCUGAACGUCAACUCGCCAGAUCUCAUCUCUACGCAGAUCUACUCUCUCUUCGACGACACUCCGCCACGUCCUGCGAUUCCCAACGUUCGGCUCCCAGAGUGUUAUAAGGUGACCAAUGUGCAGCCCAUCGACACGAAGAUUCCGUCGUUCAACGAAGAGACACUAUUCUGGAUCUUCUACAGUUGUACGCAGGAUAUCAAGCAGCAAUUAGCUGCGGUCGAGUUGCACAGCCGAAACUGGCGUUGGCACAAGAAGCUGCAUUUAUGGCUUACCAAGGAUGAGCUCAUGAUGCCCGCUAGUCUUGGUCCUCACCAUGAGCGUGGUUACUACAUUGUCUGGGACACCACCAACUGGCGCAAGGAGCGGAGAGAACUCACUCUCCACUACGGUGAUCUGGAGACGAAUCUGGUACAACCGGCUGCAUAG